UCUCUCUCGGUAUCCUUCCGAUGUGGUAAAUCGAUCAUUUCUGAUAAACCCUAGUUUACCUUCAUUUCGCGUUUCGAUCAAUCCCUAGAGAUCGAGCAACGUCCUCCAAUGGAUUGGCGCCGCGGAUCUCUCGCCGUCCCCAAUGUCCCUCGUGUUGGUUUCUUCACGUCCGACGAGCCGCCGCCGCCGCCUGAUCCGCAGCGACCGUGUCGGGCUCAAUCCGGUCCGCCGGGAUCGACAUCUUCGCCGCCUAUUUCUGCUUCUGCCGCUGGUAAGAGCCGAGUGGAGAAAGCUAAGAGGCGUGCGUUCGUUGGACAGACCGAGAGCAAGAACAGAGUAGAACUGUUCCGCCAUCUCCCUCAAUACGAGCGAGGCACACAGCUUCCAAAUCUAAGCUCCAAAAUUUCCACCCUCGAUACCAUACAUCCUGCUGUCUACAAGGUGGGUUUGCAGUAUUUGGCUGGUGAUAUAUCCGGGGGCAAUGCCCGGUGUAUCGCGAUGCUCCAAGCAUUUCACGAAGCUAUAAACGACUAUUCUACUCCCCCGAACAAGAUCCUAACCAUGGAUUUGUCUGCCAAGAUAAACAGUUACGUCUGGUUCUUGAUAGAGUGCCGUCCACUCUCCAUUAGCAUGGGAAAUGCAAUCAGGUUCCUGAAGAGCCGGGUCUCGGGUCUACCUGUAAACCUAUCAGAAUCAGAGGCAAAAGCUUCACUCUGUUCUGACAUUUACCGGUUCAUAAACGAGAAGAUAAUUCUUGCCGACAGGGCGAUAGUACAGCAUGCUGUGAAGAAAAUCAGGGAAGGGGAUGUUAUUAUGACAUACGGGUUUUCCUGCGUGGUCGAGAUGAUUCUAAUAUACGCUCACGAAACGGGAAAAGGACUCCGUGUCGUGGUUGUGGAUUCUCGCCCUAAUCAUGAAGGGAAGAAACUACUCCGUGGUCUGGUGAGUAGAGGCCUCGACUGUACAUACACUCCCAUAAAUACUCGGGUUUUUCUCGGGGCCUCUUCCGUCUUCUCGAAUGGGACUCUGUACUCAAGGGUCGGAACAGCUUGCAUUGCAAUGACCGCUCAUGCUUUUAGCGUUCCAGUCAUCGUGUGUUGCGAAGCAUACAAAUUCCAAGAACGAGUGCUCCUCGAUUCCAUCUGUUCCAACGAAUUAGGCAAUCCAGACGUUAUAGCCAACGAUUCAGGAGGAGUAGGCAUAAAACUUCUGAAGGAGAGGAGUAACAAGGGCGAAAAGCUCCAACUUCUGAAUCUAAUGUAAAACCUUCAUAACAAUUCUUAGAUCUCCCUGAAGAAGAAAGUUUUGAAAUUCGUCUCAACCCUUUCGGUUUUUUCUUCUCUAGUUCUCAGGUACGACGGAACGCCAUCAGAAUAUAUAUCAAUGGUCAUCACAGAUUACGGGUGUGUACGUCUACUAAAUACGUUAAACUUAGGGGUUCUAUUAUUUAGGUUUUAGGGAAACUAUACCCAUUCAGUUCUUACAUUGGAUUUCAGUUUGGUUCGGUUUUUAUCUAUAGAAAUCCUAAUUUUUCAAACAAAAUUCCGGUUAUUUUUAUAUAUGGUCCGGGUUUGAUUUUUCGGUUUUAAAGAAAUGGCAUGGAUUCGGGUUUUAUAUUCUGAUAAGGGGUGGUUAUUUUUAUAUAUCGGGAUGUCAGAUGCCGAGGACGAGCGUACCGGUGAUAGUACGUGAAUACCAGAGAGAUCAUCUGUUCCUUUGAAAAAGAAAAGAAGAAUAAUAUUUGGAUUCCAUUUGAUCGUGUGUUCUUUCUCUGCAUUUUGAGAAUUUGUAACUAAAAAGCAUCGACAUCACCUGUCUGUAGGCGGCCGGACAAGAAUCCGGCCAUUGGUAUAGAGACGAGAAACGGCUCGUACCGAGCGGUCCAAACCCUUUGCCUUACUGAGAGGUUUUAUAUUUGAUUCAAUGUAUUUUUUUUUGGGGGAUUUUUUUGUUGUUAUUAUAUAGUGUGUUAUUCAUG